GUUCUCUGUCAUGCUGAGCGUCAGUAUCAUUUUGUUUAUGAGGAGAAGAACAUGGCCGAGGCUCGGAGCUACUGCAGAGAGAAAUACACAGACCUGGCCACCAUAGACCACAUGAACGACGUGAAGAUCCUGAAUGACAUGGCAGAUUUGAGCAGAAUGGUCUACUCAGAGUUCAGCUACCGAGCCUGGAUCGGUCUGUACGACAACGUGAACAGUUGGAGGUGGUCACUGACAAACACAAGUUUCUACAAACCUGGAGAGAGUGAGUUUAGAAACUGGGCAACUGGACAACCUAAUAACUAUGGCAGCAGACAGCACUGUGUGGGCAUGCACAGUGAUGGACUGUGGUACGAUGAUCCGUGUGAUGGCCCCCUGCAGCCAGUCUGCAGUGACAUUACAGGGUCCAAUGUGACAUUUGUCCUCGCCCCCACCACCAUGUCAUGGUCUGAUGCUGUGAUCUACUGCAGAGAACACCACACUGACCUGGCCAGUGUGAGGAACAUGGAGGAGAACCAGAAGAUAGAAGAGCAGGCAUCAGGACUAUUUGUCUGGAUUGGCCUCUCCAGGGAGCCCUGGAAGUGGUUGGAUGGAAGUAGAUCCACAUUUAGGUACUGGAUUGAUGGUGAACCCAACAACAGGGAUGGGAAUGAGACGUGUGUGGCAGCUAACUUUGGAAACUCUGGCAAAUGGGAGGACUGGCCAUGCCACUACAAGAGAGCAUUCAUCUGCUACAGCGCCCUAACAGUCUUCAAACAAGUGAUCAAGGUGAGGCUGGUGAAGCAGAGCUCCUCUCUGGAUCUGAACGACCCUGCCGUGCUGGAGGACAUCCUGAAGGAGCUCAGACAGAAUCUGAGGGAUCAAGGGGUGACACAGGACGUCAGACUGAGCUGGAGGAAGCAGGCGGACGGAAAGGUGUUUCACAAAGAGAAGAAGAAGGAGAAGAAGAAGAGGAACAAAAUAAGAAUGACCAGAAAAACUGAUCUCUAGUCUCCUAGAAGAGUUUUAUGCUUAGCACAGAACAGUUUUCCAUUCUGCCUCAGUCAUAACCUGAUCUGUCACCAGUUAACCUUAUUAGUUGUAAAACACUCCUCCAGCUUUUUUUCAUUAGUACCACUUACUUUUCCAGCCUUGUGUUGUCCUGUCCCAACCUUUUUUGAGAUGUGUUACAUUCUGUUAGAUUCUGUUUUUAUUUGCAUUUUACACAGGGCCCCAGCCUUUUGGAAUUGGGGUUGUUGUUAAAGAGCUUCUUUCUUUGUAUUUGAGUCAAAUAGCAUCAGGCUAAUAAAGUCCCAAUAAUAAAGCAGCUGCUCUGCAUUAAAGUCUAUGAGUGAGUAAAAACACAGAGGGAGGCUGGCUGUUCUCUGUCUGAUUCUGACCUCUAACUCUGUCUUGUAUUGACCAUCACUGUCUUUAGAGUUAGUUUUCU